GGCUGCUGCACAAACACACACCAAGACGCACAACAACAAACACACAAGCUAGAAUUCGAUUUGAACUUUCUCUCAUCCAUAUCCAUCAUUGCCAGCAAGAAGGAAGGAGAUCGGUAGAGCAAUGGCUCCGAUGGCGAUCAAGGGUGUUGCGGCGAAGAAGGCGCAGGCUAAGGGAGCGUACGUGACGUUCCUUGCCGGCUCCGGCGAUUACUGGAAGGGUGUGGUGGGCCUCGCCAAGGGCCUCCGUGCCGUCAACUCGGCGUACCCGCUGGUGGUGGCCGUGCUCCCCGACGUCCCAGAGGAUCACCGCCGCACGCUGGUCGACCAGGGCUGCGUCGUCCGCGAGAUCGAGCCUGUGUACCCGCCGGAGAGCCAGACCCAGUUCGCCAUGGCAUACUACGUGAUCAACUACUCUAAGCUCCGCAUCUGGGAGUUUGUUGAGUAUGAGAAGAUGGUGUACCUGGACGCCGACAUCCAGGUGUUCGACAACAUCGACUACCUCUUCGACCUGGAGGCCGGCAGCUUCUACGCCGUCAAGGACUGCUUCUGCGAGAAGACAUGGAGCCACACGCCGCAGUACAAGAUCGGCUACUGCCAGCAGUGCCCCGACAGGGUUGCCUGGCCGGAGCAUGACCUCGGCGUGCCACCGCCGCCGCUCUACUUCAACGCCGGCAUGUUCGUGCACGAGCCUAGCCUCGCCACCGCUAAGGCUUUGCUCGAGAAGCUCGUCGUCACCGAUCCCACCCCCUUUGCCGAGCAGGACUUCCUGAACAUGUUCUUCAGGGACGUGUACAAGCCCAUCUCGAACGUGCAUAACCUGGUGCUGGCCAUGCUGUGGAGGCACCCCGAGAACGUCGAGCUCGGGAAGGUCAAGGCCGUGCACUACUGCGCUGCGGGCUCGAAGCCGUGGAGGUUCACUGGCAAGGAGGCGAACAUGGACCGUGAAGACAUCAAGAUGCUGGUGAAGAAGUGGUGGAACAUCUACGACGACGAGAGCCUGAACUUCAAGGGUGGCGAGGUCACCGUCAACGACCCGCUUGGUGUGGCUCUGUCCGAGGCCCUCGCCGUCAAGUACUUCCCAGCGCCCUCAGCCGCAUAGGCUCGUUGCUGCGUUCAUGCCGGCGUUGAAGUACACUGCUUGUUGGCGCUCAAUCAGGCGUCAUAGUUCAGAUUAGAAUCUACCGCAAUUAGGGAUUUCGCCGAAAGGAAAUAAUAUGUAUUAUUAUCGAUAAAUGAUCGGUCUACACGGUUUUGGUGUUGUAGAUCUACGAUCAGUAUAUCAGUUUGUUUUUGUUUGCAAGACUAGGACAAGUUUGUAAAUACGUACAGGCAUGCACACGGUUGGUCUAACACUAUGGAGAUCUACCUGCUGCGUACGUACUUGUAAGUUCGAAACAUUUUGGAACCUAGUAUAAUAAGAUUAUUUUUCCCCUA